GACGUUCUAUGCGAUGGAUCGAUUGUUGUUACUUUCGUGUCGACUGUCAAGGUUCAAUCAUUGAAGUAAUGAUUUCUUUUCUUUGAAAAAAAAUUGAGCGCUGCGCAAGAAUCGAUGAAUCGUAAAAUUUGUUGGUCAUUAGCGUUUUUUGGUGGCUCAAAGUUGAAAAUGGCCCAGGAAACUGAAAUAAAACAUUUGCUACAAAAUGCCGAUCAAUUAUUUGACGAAAAUCAGUAUCAAGAUGCGAUUGAUCUACUAAAAAAAUAUCCGAAUCAAUCGGAUGCAAAUGUUUUGUGGCGAGAAGCACGUGCUUUAUUCAAAUUAUCCAGAACGAAUAAAGCGAAAAAAGAAGAGAGCGUUCGCGAGGGAUACGAUUUGAUAGUCAAAUCAUUGGAGCUCGAUGAGAGAAAUGUUGAUGUUCAGAAAUGGUACGCAAUCUUAUUGGAUGCCAAAAAUGAAUUGGAUGGCAUUAAAGCGCGCAUUUCUCAAUUGGGAAAUGUUAAAAAACAUAUGGAAAGAGCUGUCGAAUUGAACCCGGAGGAUCCAACUAGCUGGCAUUUGUUGGGCAAUUUUGCAUUCGGAUUGGCCGACAUGUCGUGGUAUCAGCGAAAAAUUGUUUCAGCCAUUUUUGCAACACCACCCACUGGCACCUACGAAGAAGCACUUGAAUAUUUCCUCAAAGCUGAAGAGAAGAAACCAAAUUUCUGUUCAUUGAAUUUACUAUACAUCGGUCAAUGCUACUACAAUUUGAAAAAUUAUGAAGAAGCCAAGCAAUUUCUUGAAAGGGCUGCCAACGUUCAAGUAUCGAACGAUGAUGACAAAAAGUGCAAGGAAGAAGCAACAGCUCUACUGAAAAAAUUAUAAUUAUGUAUUGUUAAUGUAGACAUAAAAUUGAAUGUAUAAUUUUUAAAUAUGACAUAAUAAUUGUGUGUUCCUUAGCAAAAUAAAAUUGUUUAAUUUUAAUAAACAAAAAAAGUCA